AUGAAGAUGUUGUCUCGUUUGCUGAAGGAGCACCAGGCGAAGCAAAACGAGAGGAAGGAGCAGCAAGAAAGGCGUCGCCGUGAAGCUAUUUCCGCAGCCACCUGCCUUACGGAAGCCUUGGUGGACCAUCUCAACGUCGGCGUGGCCCAGGCAUAUGUCAACCAGCGCAAACUGGACCAUGAAGUGAAAACAUUGCAAGUCCAAGCCGGUCAGUUUUCUAAGCAGACAGCACAGUGGAUCAGCAUGGUGGAGGGUUUCAAUCAGGCCCUGAAGGAAAUUGGUGACGUGGAGAACUGGGCCCGGAGCAUCGAGAUGGACAUGAGAACCAUCGCCACGGCAUUGGAGUACGUGCACAAGGGUCAGCCUCAGUCAGCCCCGUCCUAA